GGCCCAGUGACGAACUGACAAUGCCUUAACCACUGGACGAAUCGUGUCCGAUAUCAUCACACGAUACUUUUAUUAUUUGCUUAUUUUCCUUCCUUCGUUGAAAAGGAAGAAGAGCAGUCGGGUCGCCGGGAAUUAUAUAGAGGCGCCGUUCUCUUCUUUGUUCCAUAGUUCACGGCGGGGAGACAAGAUUUUGCUUUGCUUCACCCCAAAAGAAAUAUCUUUCUUCAAUUAUUUAUCAGUAAUUUUCCAUUGUUUAAUCGCAAAAAUCUCGGAAUCUUCAUUUCUCUCUUCAUUCACCCUUCCCAAUCUCUCUGAUUGCUGAACGGUAAAAAGGCAAAGGAGGAAAGAAAGUCUCCCCCCUCAUUGCCCUUUUCCCCCCUUUCAAGAUCUGAUUACACCGUGAGAGGGUUUCUGGGUCUGGUUCUGAGAGAUUGUUUGCGGGUGUUUGCUUGUUUGAAGGCAGAGAGGAAUGGGGUACAUAGGGUCCCAUGGAGUUGCAGCUCUUCAUAGACACAAGUACAGCGGAGUCGAUAACUCAUUGGUUGCCAAAUAUGUCUUGCAGCCCUUCUGGACACGAUGCGUUACCUUCUUCCCUCUCUGGAUGCCAUAACACUGACAGGAUUCAUGUUCUUGGUUACUUCGGCAUUGCUUGGUUAUAUAUAUUCACCCCAUUUGGAUACAGCUCCACCAAGAUGGGUUCACUUUGCACAUGGAUUAUUGCUGUUUUUGUAUCAGGUUUGACUUCGGUCCUAAUUACAUUUGAUGCUGUUGAUGGAAAGCAAGCAAGAAGAACAAAUUCUUCCAGUCCAUUGGGGGAACUGUUUGACCACGGAUGUGAUGCCCUUGGUUGUGCAUUUGAAGCCAUGGCUUUUGGUAGCACUGCAAUGUGUGGAAGAUACACGUUCUGGUUCUGGGUCAUCUCUGCUAUUCCAUUUUAUUUGGCAACAUGGGAACACUUUUUCACCAAUACCCUCCUUCUUCCGGCAAUUAAUGGGCCUACGGAGGGUCUGAUGCUCAUAUACGUCGCUCAUUUUUACACUGCUUUAGUUGGUGCUGAGUGGUGGAUUCAAGCUUUUGGGAAGUCUUUGCCUAUUGUGAGCUGGGUACCAUUCAUUAGUGAAAUUCCAACUUUCAAGGCAGUGCUCUACUUAAUGAUAGCUUUUGCUGUGAUUCCUACACUUAUCUUCAAUGUGUUAAAUGUUCACAAAGUUGUUCAGGCUAGAAAGAGCAGCAUGCCACUGGCAUUAGCAAUGCUUUACCCCUUCUUCGUGCUGAUGGGAGGAGUCCUAGUUUGGGAUUAUUUAUCUCCAUCAGAUAUAAUGGGAAAUUAUCCUCACCUAGUGGUUCUGGGAACUGGAGUAGCAUUUGGAUUUCUUGUGGGGAGAAUGGUUCUUGCUCACUUGUGUGAUGAACCAAAGGGAUUGAAAACCAACAUGUGCAUGUCCUUGCUGUAUCUACCCUUAGCCAUUGCCAAUGCGCUCACAGCAAAACUGAACGAUGGAGUUCCCUUGGUGGAUGAGUUGUGGGUUCUUCUUGGUUACUGUUCAUUCACAGUGGGUCUCUAUCUGCACUUUGCUACUUCAGUCAUUUAUGAAAUUACCACUGCCUUAGGGAUCAACUGCUUCAGGAUAACGAGAAAGGAAGCUUGAAAGAUCCAGUUUCGGACGUUGUAUGUCCCUCCAUCCUUCAUUUCAAUGCAGACCUAGGGCGUUUCUGUGGUGGUUCAAAAUAGUGCAAGAAACUCUGGGCAGCAGAAUUAUAGCUUUUGAUGAUGCAGAUGUAUCAACUUGAUGGAGUUGAGGGAGGAAGCAAGACAGCAACCAUGGGAAAUGUGUUUCAGGAUUUAUCUGUCUGAUUAAAUGACACAGGGUUUUGUAAGCGGGUUAAAAUGCAUAACCGUUCUCCUUAACAGUGUAGGGGGACGAGAUGCUAUUGAAUCCUUGUAGUUGGGUUUGUUUAGGUUACUUUUGAGGCAUAUGGAACUGAGAUAAUCUCAAAUAUUGCUUCUUUUCUAGGCUUUCAUUUCUAAAGCAGUAUAACUGUUUUUUGAGGCAGUUCAUCAGCUCUUCUGCUUCCGUUAUCUGUUACCCCGUCAAUGUGAUUUCAGUUUUAAGUGGCCACCUUAAAAGCUCCAUUGUGGGGAAGUUAGGCUUGUAGAUGGUUAGUUGUUGCAAUCGGCUAGUGGAAGUAACUCAAAACAGAGGGGGUGCAUGUAAGAGAACACAACUGAUUAUGUGAAAGAUGAGGCAUUUACAAGAGUUAUCAACAUAUGAUAUCAGCAGAUUUUACAAAGGGAGGUAGAUUGCUUCCUUCCAUGAGUUUCUUCUACAACAAUGAACUAGGUACUUGUGAUGUGCCUCUUUAAAGGGGAAAAAGGAGAACUAUCUACCUACAGUGCGAGAUAAUUGCAGCUACAUCAUACUUUUGCAGUCUUACAUGCCAAUUCAUGGUUGUAAUAUGUGAGGCUGAUAACAAACUGCAGAGGCCAAUUACUCACAGGGCCUUGUCAAGCCAUCUCGGCAAUCUCAACAAAGUCCUCAUUCCAAGGCGAGUUAGAAACACGGAAUACAAGAGGUGCAGUAGGAACACAAAGAAUCCGCUGUUUAUCAACACAAGAAUUCCAAACAGUGUGUAUAUGAAGUUCAUCGAUGGAAUGGUAUUAAUGCCAGUGGCAGCAAACACAUAACUCAGAGAUGCGUGGAUGUUUACUGUAAUCAGAGCAAGUAUGUUUUCUCGUAUUAAGAACGAGGACGUAAAGACAUACCCCAUGGCGCCAGUUGCCCGAGCCUGCAAUAGUGCACACGAAUAUUGAAACUGUCCAGUUUGCUUGUAACCUGAAAGAUGGCAACAACUAAAAUCCAGAGUUACUGUAACAAUCUGAUACAACAAACUUCUCCUUCAUGCUUUCUGCUGAACAGUAGCAAGCUUGUUCGAAUGAAGUGUUAGGAGCUGCCUACAUUAAUUGUACCAACACAUCAACAGCAUAAAAAUAUACGCACACGACUUUAGAAACAAGAAGUCAAUAAGUAUAAUUCAGGAACAAACAAGGCUACAGAGCAUCUAUUCUUAGCCUUGGAAAGGCACAUGAAGGCAGUGAAACCACUACUCAAAAAUUAGAAUCACAUACCUCCACAAGGAGCCCAUUGUCAAACCAAGUAUGCCAUGAGUCAGCUGAUAGGUUAAUGCCUUAACAGGACCAGACAGUACAAACAAGAGCAUAGCAGUUGCAACCAUGGUUUUUCUGCCUGCUGUGACACCCCAUCUAAGUGAAGAUAUUACAAUUGGCAACGAAAAGAAGCAUCCAAAGUAAUUCUGCAUUGAGAGGGAAUUGCUCAGAAAGUAGACGAGGCCAGUGACAGCAGCAAACAUGGAGCAUUCCACCAGUCUCAGCGUAUUGAGGUAGACAUCCCCAUCAGGUGCCAAGUAAUCCAUCUCCGUCCCAUGAUUGGAAAACCCUUCUUCUUGGCGCUCUGCCCCUUUCCCGUCCACAACCGAUGCAUUGAUUCUCGGGAUUCUCGAAAACCUGAAGGUGGGUUUAGACAGAGAGAGUGACGAAAUGGUAGAAGAACUGACAAGGCUCGAUCUUUGCGUCGAGGGGAACUGGAUUACUGCAGAGAAGUGACGAUGAUGGGUAAGUUGGUCGAUAUGGAUUCGAGGCUGGUAGCAACGGUUGUGGAUUCUCAGAAAAUUCAUGUCUUCCAUUGCAGGAAUCUGGAAAACCAUCUGCUU